AAAAAAAAAUGAACAAAAAAAUUAUAUUUUAUCUCUUAACUGCAUUGGUUGUGCUAAUCUUCAAAACCGAUUCAAGUUAUUCACUUCCGACGAUUCCUAAAUAUGAUGAGAAUUAUUGGACAUCAGAAAAAAUGAAAAAAGCUAAACCUUUAACCACUAAAAAUAUUGGAUUUAGAACAAGAAGUUGUGUUGAACCUAUAAAAAAUACAACUGACUCCUCUAAAGAUGCGAAAUCUAUGCAACCUUUUGAGAGAAAAUAUGAUACAAAAACUGGGGUAGCAAAUGUAGAUCAACCUAAAAAUUUUCCCGUUGGAAUGUUAUUUAUGAGCUUGAAUGGUGAAGAUUUUACUUGUACCGCUAGUGUAAUUAAUACUGAUGAUGGAAAUAUUGGAGCUACUGCAGCGCAUUGUCUUUAUUAUCAUUUUGCUCAAGCAUAUUUUCAAAAUGUAAUGUUUUCUCCUGGAUAUGACAAUGGACAACCUGGUCCACUUGGUAAAGUUCCUAUCGCCAAGAUGGCAAUAACACCUGAAUUUCUUAAUAAUUAUGAUUAUGAAUUUGAUUGGGGCAUGGUGUUAUUUAAUUUUAAUAUGGUAAAUCUUCCAUUAAAAUAUUAUACGGGUGCUCUCGGUUGGGUUUUCCAACUAGGAACCUAUGUUCCAACAACUAUUCAAGGUUAUCCGUAUGGAGGAGAGGGUGCAAGCGGAGGUCCUCUUAUAACACAAUAUGAUCCAAAUUUGAAUUUGGGUCUUUUAUAUAGUAAUUAUGCUUCUUUCGAUGAACUCAAUGAUCAAUUACUUGGACCUAUUUAUGACGCAAUAGAAUUCCAUGCAUUAAUAGGUGAACUUACACUUUAA